GCAAAAAAAAAAUCCAUUUACACGAGCAGGGUAGAACGUAAAAUAGAGUUUCACGCGUUAUCUUCUUCGCGCAAUCUCUCUAUUUGAAAUCGCUGCACUAGAAACAAUAAUUUUCGAAGAAGAACAGUAAAUCAACAAGGAAAUAUCUGAAAGGGUGAGAAUUAGGGUUUUCGGUAAUCAAUGACAAAGACGACCAAAGGCGGUAAGGUGAUGAACCCUACCGAUGCUUAUAGGAAGGAGCUUCGCAAAAAGGAAUUGAAAAGGAAUAAAAAGAAAGAAAGAAGGUGAGGGAUGUGGGGAUUUUGAAGAAAGAUCCUGAUCAACUCAAGAAGCAGAUUGAGAACUUGGAAAUGAUGAGUAAGUCGAGCGGUGCUUCAUUUUAUUAACUAGCUCUUGCAUUCCAAAGGAACUGGAAUUUCACCCUCAUUUUUGUUGAGGCUGAUGGCGCCUUGGAUAAAGCAAGAAAGCACAAAAGUAAGCAACUAAAACAAACACUUGAUCUUGUCAUUAAAAAGCAGAAGGUAACAAUUCAUACAUGUCUGUUUUGUUGGGCCACUUUGUAUUCUCCUACAUAACUUGGCAGAUUUUUAUGUAGUUAUGAUAUUGCACAAUUUUGUUCUUUCUUGAAUGUAAAAAAAUUAAAACACUGAGAACCGACCUCUGGAUUGUUUAAGCCAAUAUCCAAGCCAUUUUCUCUCGAUGAAACUAUGGCAUUUUUUCAAUAUCCUUAGCCUAUCAACUUCGCAGAGGGUUUCUUAUCAAACUUAUUUCCCAUCCCUGAAGAAGUAAAGGAUAUACUGGUGCGUUUAUAGAUAGUGAUACUGUGAGAGUCAGUAUAUGUCUGUUAUGAUACAUUCUUUUUUUUUGGUUUUUUAUUUUCUCUACUAUAGUCUCAUUUUUCUUCGCCCUAAUGUUUAUGACAUAUAAAGUAUUGCUACUUUCAUGCUUUUGAACAUCAUGCGUAACUUACAGAUUGGUUGAUGUACUAUUCUUGUCCAUAGAGAAGUAUUACUAAAAGUAGCCGAAGGUCCCUCUUAGGUUUAUCAUUGCCUCUAAGUGGCAGUUUAUUAGUGAUGUUAAAUAGUGGCCAAGGCAGAUUGCAGUGGUGGAUUUUUCGCCAACCGCUAUGGCCAAUUUAUGAAGAAAGGCAGCACUAUGGCGUUUUAUGGUGGAUAUGGUGCCUUAAAAUGACAGUUUUUUGGCCUUCUGCAAUUGAUAAUGUCAUACUACUGCUUGGUUGAUCAGAGUAUGACAGAAACGGGAUACAGUCGAUUAAUGCAAAUAAAGGCAACCUCGUAACCAAGAGAACAUAUACCAAGCACAUGUUCUGAUGCAAAAAUUUGUUUGUUUCCUAUUGUCUAUAAUUGUUUUUAUCUUCAACAUAAUUAAGAAACUUAUUUUGUAAGGUAUAGAGUGAUAUUGUUGAUGUACCAUUCUUCUCCGUAGGCAAGUUCCACUAACAGUAGCCAAAGGGACCUAUUGGGUUUAUCAUAAUCUGUAAGUGCUAGUGUUGUUGAUAUUUUCUUGGUCCAAUGUAAAAAGGUUGUCCGUUUGUAGGCUGUAAUGCGUUUCUAUUGAAACAAACUUGUAAUGUCACUGUUAAUUUUGACUUUAGAGUUUAGACAGACCCGUGGAAUUUUUUGGUGAACAUUUAAGUUUUGAUUGAUUGGUAAAAGGAAAAACCAGAACUUUAUGGUAUUAGAGUAUAAAUGAAUUGAGUUUGAUAUUGCUUAACUAGCUUAACUAGCUGAAGCUGCCUGUGUUGUGUCGUGCAUUUAUAUUUUUAUUUAGCAGAGGAUGCCGAAUUCAGCCUUUGAAUUUGAACACUCCAGUCAACUGUAUUCAUGAUUUUAUUAGUUUCCAUUGAUGAUCUAAAUCUGAUAUCUUUUGGACAGGAACAUGAUGAGAAAAGGCGGGAGAAGGGUGAGCCCCUUGUUAUGUUCAGUCAUUUGGGGCCUCCUCAAAGGAGAACAAUUGUAGAAGAAGAAGAGAUAGUUAACCCCCCACCACCACCACUACCACUUCCUGAUGCUAGUUCAGCUGAUGGUGCUGUUUUACCUGCAUCUUUGCCACUGCCUCCCCCACCUCCCUUGCCUCCAAAUCCCACUGCUGUGGUGCCUGCAUCAUUACCACCACCUCCUUUGCCGCCACCACCUUCUGGUUCUCCACCCAAAGAGCAAGCUGUAAAUCGGCCUUUACCCCCUCCUCCUCCUCCACCUCUAAAACAGUCUCAGCCACCUCCACCUGGCACCAGUGAAGGCGAAGAGAGAAAUCAGUAUGCAUUGCCAGAUAAUCUAUCUUCCAAGGAGCCUGGUCAGGUGCAUCUUCCUCCGCCGCCUCCUCCACCAAGUUGUAUGCCACCAAAUUCUGGUGCUAUUCAGUCUGAUGGUACUGACAAUAAGAAUUAUUAUUCAAACCAGGAGAUCCAAAAAUUGUUUCCUGGGCCUCCUCCUCCAAGACAACAACCUCCUGGUCCAGGACCCUCAUUAAUCCCAAGUUUACAGCCUGAUGUAUUGCCCCCUGGAAUAUCUCGAUUCCCACCACCCCCACCACCACCUGAUAUGAGGCCGCCUUUACCUGUGACUGGACUUCCUGGUCAGGCACCUCCUCCUGGAAUGAUGGUCCCCCUGAUCCCAAGGCCUCCAUAUGGUCCUCCACCUGGGCCUCCUCCAAUGAUGAGACCGCCACUUCCACCUGGUCCUCCUCCAAACUUUCAGGAAGAGGAUCAUAUGGCAAGUAAGGCACUUCCUCCUCAGAAACCAUCAUAUGUUAAAUCUGCUGCUUCUACUGUUGUUAAAAGGCCAUUAGCUCAGCACACUCCAGAACUCACAUCUAUGGUUCCUGCAUCUGUGCGGGUGAGAAGGGAGACCGCAGUGACCAAAACAAAACCAAAACCACUUGUGUCAACAGUGUCAGUGGCAACAUCUAGAACAGUCCCUGUGACACUCGGGCCAACUAUUGUAAAACCAGAAUCAGUGAGCUCGUCAUCUUCUCCAAAAGCACCAAGCAUUGAUGACUCGUACACAGCUUUCUUAGAGGACAUGAAAGCCCUUGGCGCACUUGAUGGUUGACAUCACUGUGAAUGGUGGAGUAACCUCUCAGUCGUUCAAAGAUUUUGGAUACCUUUUUAGGAGUUUAGCAAAAUGAGGACCACAGAAACCUUGUGGAUAGGUAAUCGUGAAACAUGUGUCAAUGGUUCAAUGAGUAGCUACAUUCAUUGCCGGUAAUCCAUCUGGACAUUUGAUCUACCGAGACGCACCACUACGAACAUCUUUAAUGGAUGAGCUAAAGUGGGUAAACUAAGUUAUUUUUUGUGGGGUCAAAUUGUCAUGUAUGAUUUAAUCAAUACAUAGUUGAUUAGUUUUUACUUUAAUAGCGAUUAUUUAUAAAGAACUAAAAUUUUACUCCAA